AUGCUCUCAGCUAGAUUGACAGAUUUGCAUCCCGCUCUAGCAUCAUCUACGGUAGGAUCAGAACUCAGAGAUAUGGAGAUUAGGAGGGCCUCCUUCAGCUCCGCUUCACCUCCAGUAUCUUCGACGCUGGUGCCGUCGAUCACCGAAACAGAACCAAAGGAUCCUGAGAAGGGCAGGUUACCAGAGGAAGGAUCUCAAGAGAUCGAAGAGACUGCCCAUGAUGUAGUUCUCGAGUCGGAGUAUCCUCGCGAUGGGGGCCUUGCUGGCUGGACGUGCGUCCUGGGCUCUUUCUUCGCGCUGUUCUCUACAUUCGGUUGGCUCAAUUCCUUGGGACUCUUCCAAACAUACUACGAGCAACAUCUUCUCAAAGCUUACGCUCCCUCAACGAUAUCGUGGAUAUUUACAACGCAGAUGUUCCUCAUGUGGACCGGGGGCGCUUUUUUCGGUCGCGUCGUCGACACUUACGGCACCCAGGUCGUCGCCAUCCCCUGCACAGUUGGCUGCACAUUCUCCAUCUUCAUGCUCAGCUUCUGCACGUCCUACUACCAAAUCUUUCUCUGCCAAGGUGUAGGCUUCGGCGUCUCGGCUGGAGGUCUAUUUUCCUGUGCGACAACAUCAGUUGGGCAAUGGUUUGAGAAGCGAAAGGCACUGGCCUUGGGAACUGUGCUUGCUGGUAGUAGUCUAGGUGGUGUGCUUCACUCCCUCUAUCUUAUUAUCCUGAUCCAGGACCACGGCUUCGCCACUGCUGUCCGUUGGAGCUCCCUCGUGGUCGGCCUCACGGGGAUCUUGGCCUGUGUACUCAUGCGCCCUCGAUUGCCGAAGAAGAAGUGGGCAGAGAGUACGCAGUGGAUCGACUCUUGUCUCUUCAAGCAAGCUACCUUCAGAGUGUACUGCCUCGGCACCUUCUUUGUUGUCUGGGGCCUCUUUGCGCCGUGGAACUACCUCCCCUCCAUGGCUCUCAGCCAUGGCUUCUCCAACAACCUAGCAGUCUACACCAUCGUUGUCCUCAACGCCGCAUCUAUCUUCGGCCGCAUCCUCCCAGCCUGGCUCGCGGACCGCUUCGGCCGCUUCAACUCCGUGUCGCUGAUAGCCUUCACCACCGCCCUCUCCCUCCUCGCCUUCUGGCUCCCGACCGAGGCCGCGGCCGACUCCAGCCACGCGCAGAUCUUCGCCUUCAGCGCCGUCUACGGCUUUGCGAGCGGCGCCUUUAUCAGCGUCAUGAUGCCCUGCGCGGCGGACCUCGGACCCGUCGCGACCCUGGGCCAGCGAUUCGGGACUUACCAGGCUGUCGUUGGGCUCGCGAGCUUAACGAGUCUCCCCAUCCAGGGCGCCCUGAUCCCACUUGACCGCGGCGGCUUCACCUACCUCAUCGUCUUCUCGGGGGUCUGUGUCGCUGUCGGAACGGUCUUCAUCUGCGCGGCGCGCAUGCUGAGAGUUGGCUGCGCGCUGCGGGGCUGA